AUGCCGCUGAACACGACCGUCUCCCACGUCAGCCCCCUCCUCUCGUACAUCCCCCGGACCUCAUGGUAUGAGGGCAACUCAAGCGACCCGGAGUUGAACAGGUAUUCGAACCAGAGCUACCACUACAGCGACUCGCCCGCGAGCGUAACGUUCUCUUGGUGGGGGACAGGUGCGGUGUUCGGCGGCUACAGGAACAGGACGGGCGCGUACCAGGUCGUCGUCGACAGCCAGGCGGCGACGUCGUUCCCUGGGUAUACUGGGGGCCCGGACGAGUUCGAGCGCGUCCUGUACGCGAACGAUGGCCUCUCCUAUGGACAGCACCAGAUCCGGAUCACGAACACGGGCGGGGGUGGGCCGCAGUCUGUAUUGGAUAUCGAUUACCUUGUGUACGAGACGACACAAGAUGACGGUGGUGAGAUCCAGCAUAACGACCCUGGCUGCAGUUGGUCCCCGGCAAGUCCGAACACCUGGCAGGUGGACGCGGCGUCUCAUACCACUACUGAUACCUUCGGAGCAAUGGAACUAAACUUCACGGUAAGUUCCGGAAUCAUUCUCUACGGAUACCUCGACGGAACGAGUGCCCCGCUCACCGUCUCCGUUGACGGUUGGGCAUCCACGCCUGUUGCGCCCAACACCGCGAUAGCUCCUAUCGUCCACAACGUCCCCCAGGUUCUAUACACAAAAUCUGGUCUCCAGAACGGCCCGCACACGUUGCGAGUGGAAAACAACCCGCUCGGCAUAAACGGCACGGGCUCGAAAAUGAGCAUUGCGUUCAGCCGGACCCUGUCUGACGCACCCGCAGGCUCGGCCCCGCAGCAGGAAACACCGUGA